AUGACCCUCGCCAAUCUGGAUGACUUCGAAAAAGGCCUCGGGGAUGUGGAGAAGAAGUUUGUUGAGUGCUUUCGAGAGGGCAUCUUCUGUGGUCAUCGGCUCACUCACGUGGAUGAACACGGCUUCUCCGCCUUACGAGCGCAGUAUAUUGGUGAGAUUAUGAAGUCAAUUAAAAAGAGAUUCCCUUCUGGGGAUGUGAGCCACAUUUCUGACCUCGACACUGUCCUCAACGCCUCUCGUUUUCCGAACACGAACAGCGCGCUCCAGGAGUACGGCUUGGAUGCUGUCGAGCGCCUUGCUGACUUUUAUGGCGCGCACCCAAACGCAGCGGUCUCACUCGUUGAAAAGGAAAGGAUGGUACGGGACUUUCGCUCCGUGAAACGUGUGCUUGCAGGUUCAGUCAGGAAGAGAACAGGUCCAGCUGUUCUGGACAUUAGGAGACAGACAACACGAGGUGACCUGCAGAUGGAGCAGGCUGUUCUUGGCUUCAGCUUGAUGACCACUCGGAAGUUGCCCAUGGGCAGGAGUAGCAUCACCUGCCUGCAAUACUCUGCCAAAGUCCACUCUGCGCUCUGCAGUAGUUACCGGUGA